AUGGGCGACUGGGGCUUGGAGGACAAAAUGCUGCGCCGCAACAUACCAGGCAGGUACGGCACCUGGGCGAGCGACGACGACGAUACGAGAGAUGACGACGAGGACGACGCGGCGUCGGUGCCGGACGACCCGGAACCGGAACCGGAGGAAUCGCGGGCGGUCCCGGAGGCCCUGCGGUACGGCGAGGCGCCGGCCGCCGCGGGCAAGACGGGCGUCAAGGCGACGCUGGCCCAGUACAGAUAUUUUAAGAAGAUGCAGCGCGCCGAGAUCCUGUGGAAUAAAGUGGAUCGGGAGGCGAAGAUGCUGGAAGUGGCUGCCGGCGUCGUCCGAGACGCGCCACCGCCGCCGCCGCCUCCUAGGAAAGAUCCGGAUGCGCGGACCGAGUCUGCGUCGUCGGAGAGUGAUGAUGAUGACGAGUUCCUGGAGAGCUACCGGAAGAAGCGGCUCGCGGAGCUUAAAGCGGAGAAGGCCACGCCCACGUUCGGCGCGUUCAACGCGACCGCUUCCAAGCAGGAGUACCUCGACGCCCUCGCCACGAAGGACGCGGUCGUGGUCGUGCACCUGCACGAGCCGAACUACGGGCCCUGCCGGCGCCUGAACGGCGCGCUCGCGGCACUGGCGGCGCGGCGGCGCGACGUCCGCUUCCUGGGCCUCGCGCUCGGCGAGGCGGGCGAGGCGCUCCAGGGCUACGACGUCGAGACGCUGCCGACGCUCGUAGUGUACCAGCACGGCGAGGUCGUCGAGACGCUCUUCCGCGUGGGCUCCGACCUGGCGCCCUCCUACGACAACGCGGACGUCGAGUCGCUCCUAGACACGGUGCCGGCCUUCGCGGGCGACGGGCCCGUCGCGCCGCCGCCGCCGGCGCGGCCCGUGUGUGACCCUAGGACGGGCCCGCCGCGCCGACUGAUGUAAGUAUGUGAUCAUUACGACAGGGAGCCAC